AUGGACGACGAGCUUCUGCUGCAGCUGAAUGAAACCGAAGAAUUUGUUGAGGACGGGGCGGACUACACCGUAGACGGUGAGCAUGCCGGCUCCACGGACAUUGACAGUGAAGAUAUUUGGGAGAUCAUAUCCUCCUUCUUCCGGGAGAAGGGGCUUGUGCACCAGCAGAUUGACUCGUACAAUGACUUUCUCCUGCGUAUUCCCCGCAUGGCACGCAGCCUGCUAGAAAUUGUGCCGCGGCAGGACGAACAGUUUGAGCCCGGCACCCAAACGGAGACGGAGCCCGACCAAUACCGACUCAGUCUCGAGGACGUUGUCAUUGGCAACCCGUCGCACGAAGUCUCCGGCUUCAGUCGACGCGAGAUGCAUCCUCUCUUUCCCAACGAGUGCCGGCUACGCGAUCUAACCUAUGACGCCAACGCACAAGUCACGCUUGGCAUUCGUGUUUACCGUUCACGGGAGGAGCAGCCGUACCGCACUUUUUUGCAAAACAUGGAACUUGGCCGCAUCCCCAUCAUGUUGAAAUCCAUGCGGUGCAAUCUGCAAAACAAGGACGAAGACGAGUUGCCACGUCUAAACGAGUGCCCACAUGAUCAGGGCGGCUACUUUGUCAUAAGUGGAACAGAGAAGGUCCUCAUUGCACAGGAGCGUCAAGCUGCCAAUCACGUCUAUGCCUUCUCACGGCAAAAGGGGCUCUUGUGUGAAAUUAAAUCUAUUGUGGAAGGUUCAUUGAAUAAACCACGUACGCUGCAGAUUUUAAUGCCGUACAAGAAGAAGGGACCAGGUCACGGCUACGAGAAUCUCCUUUGUCGUGUCGCACAGAUGGAUGAACUCAUUCCUCUUUUUGUUUUGUUCCGUGCUCUUGACAUGGGGUCGGAUAAGGAAAUUCUCCAAACUGUGGUUCCUGAUUUAAAAGAUGCCGCCAUGCUUGAAAUGCUCCGAGGCUCCAUGGAAGAUGCAAGCACAUUGCAGAUAUUUACAAGGGAUGAGGCGCUGUGGUUCAUUGGCAAGCGCCUUGGUAAACAAGACAGUAGAGAAAACUUGCAGCGUGACGCGCAGGGGUUGUUGAUGCGGGAUCUGCUUCCGCAUAUGGGUGUGGAUUGCGCCGCCGAUCGGAGCAAAUGUCUCUUCAUUGGAUACAUGGUUCAUCGUCUUUUGUUACUCGCGCUGGGAAGAAGGGAGGACACGGACCGUGACUUUUUGGGCCAUAAACGUAUUGAUGUUGCCGGGGCACUGCUUACAUUUCAAUUGAACCAAUUUCUUGUUCAGGUGCGGAAGGAGAUGGCAAAAACAGUGCAUGAUUACUCUACCAACCGCGGUGGUGUUGUCAGCUUUGGCAGAAUUCUGCACAGUCGCCUCAUCACGGAUGGAUUGCGCCGUUGCUUGGCAACGGGUAACUUUGGAGAUAUGAAGUCUGGUAACAUCAAGACAGGCGUGGCUCAAACACUCAACCGGCUGACUUAUUCCUCUUCACUAAGUAAUUUACGCCGCAUUCAAAAUCCCAUCCCUGCCUCCAGCAAAGCCACCAAACCACGCAACCUGCACUGUACCCAGUGGGGUUACAUCUGUCCGGUGGAAACCCCAGAGGGUGGCUCUAUUGGCCUGCUGAAAAAUCUGGCCCUUAUGUGCCUUAUUUCUCGUGGCAGCGAUCAUACGGGCGUUGUGCAGGCUGUACAGGCUCGUAUUACCGGGUUUCACUCGAUUGAUCUUCCAGGUCUUGCCGAUGUGCGGGUUGCUCGAGUGUUUGUGAAUGGCACACUAAUCGGCGUGCAUCGCGAUCCGGAGCGUCUCCUUCGCGAGUUACGUGCUCGGCGUCGUGGUGGGGAGCUUAGCAACGAGGUGAGCAUUGU